UUGUUAUCAACCGGCCGAUCGACAUGGCGUGCGCCCUGGGCUCUGUUUACACACUGUUAUUGUGGCUCUUUGUCACUCAAAGCGUAUUAUCAGAUAAGCCUGCUACAUCGGCAAAUGUUCUUAUACUGUUCGCGGACGACGGCGGAUUCGAGCUCGGCUCGUACUUGAACAAGAUAUGCCAGACUCCGAACAUCGACGCGCUCGCCAAGCGCGGCCUGCUGUUCAACAAUGCCUUCACUUCAGUCAGCAGUUGCUCGCCAAGCCGCGCGGCGCUGCUGACGGGCACGCCGAGCCACCAGAACGGCAUGUACGGCCUGCACCGCACCGUGCACCACUUCAACUCCUUCGACACCGUCGCCAGCCUGCCCAACCUGCUGCGCGAGCACAACGUCAUGACUGGUAUCAUCGGCAAGAAGGACGUGGGUCCGGCGGCGCAGUUCAAGUUCGACUACGAGCAGACGGAGGAGAACAACCACGUGAACCAGGUGGGGCGCAACAUCACGCACAUCAAGCUGCUCACUCGCGAGUUCCUCGCCGCGGCUAACCGGGACAACAAACCAUUCCUCCUGUACGUGAGCUUCCACGACCCGCACCGGUGCGGUCACACCGACCCUCAGUUCGGUCCGUUCUGCGAGCGGUUCGGUUCCGGCGAGGAGGGCAUGGGGCUCAUCCCCGACUGGCAUCCCAUAUACUACCAGUGGCAGCAAGUGGAACUACCAUACUUUGUGCAGGAUACUGAAGCAGCUAGAAGGGAUAUCGCAGCGCAAUACACGACAAUGUCGCGUCUUGAUCAAGGCGUGGGGCUGGUACUUAAAGAAUUAGAGGCAGCAGGGCAUUUGGACGACACCCUGGUCAUAUACACAUCUGACAACGGCAUCCCUUUCCCGUCGGGCCGCACUAACUUCUAUGACCCGGGUCUCCGCGAGCCGAUGAUCAUCGCGUCUCCGAAGCCUGACGCGAGGAGGAAUGAAGCAUCCUACGCCAUGGUCAGCCUGCUCGACGUCAUGUCUACUGUUCUUGACUGGUUUAAAAUUCCAUUUGGAGAAGAAAGCAACGAUAUAAUACAAUCGGAUAAACCAAAAAGCUUGCUUCCUAUUUUACAAAAAGAACCACCGUACUCAGAAGAAGACGCAGUGUUCGCGUCUCAAACUCACCACGAGGUCACAAUGUACUACCCGAUGAGAGCGGUGCGCACGCGCCGGUACAAACUCAUACACAACCUCAACUUUGGGAUGCCCUUCCCCAUCGACCAGGAUCUAUAUGUCUCGCCCACGUUCCAGGACCUGCUGAACCGUACGCGCAGCAAGCAGUCGUUACCGUGGUACAAGACUCUGGAACAGUACUACUACCGGCCGCAGUGGGAGCUGUACGACAUCCGCGCCGACCCUGGCGAGACUAGAAACUUGCACGGCAAGCCGUCGCUGGCGGGCGUGGAGGCGGCGCUGGCGGCGCGGCUGGCGCGCUGGCAGCGCGACACGGCCGACCCCUGGCGCUGCGCCCCGCAAGCCGUGCUGGAGCCGGGCGGCGCCGCCGAGUGCCGCGACCUCGACAACGGCCUGGCGCGCCACCUGCGGUAACUACUCGCGCUACAACCGACUGUUAGUAGUCAUCAAAUACAGUUAUAGCAAGACUACUUUAUUUGAAAUGUCGUAAUAAAGACUGUAAUUUACAGAAUACUGUGAGCAGCUCUCUAUUUAACGUGUUAAUGUUACCUUAGUCAUCAGUUGUUAAUGCCUAGACUGCCUCUUGCUUGCCGAAUGUAUCAAAUACAACCUCAUGGAACUGUUAGAAAGAAUGAGAAGAACAAUAUAUUCUAUAUUUAAGAGAUUUGUUGUCUGUUUGAGUAUUUAAUUCACUCAUAUGUACUAGUACAAUUUUACAUAAAUAGACUUUAUUUAUCCUCUAUACACAAUGUUUACUUGAUUGGUGCUAGUUAUAAUAAUAGUGCAUAUCACAAAAUGUUACAAUUUAAAUACUUUAAGAUUUAAACUUAAAUAAAAUCAUAAUACAUA